AUGACAUCUGGUCUUUCCUCCUCCAAAGGUGUAUUGGCGCUACUAAGAGAGUCAGACCCUGAUGUACUUCGUUUUGCCCUCAAACGAUUGGUACAGUUGGUGGACACCUAUUGGUAUGAGAUCAGCUCCGAUCUUCCACUCAUUGAAGAACUGCAUGAGUCAAGUGAUUUGGAGAAAAACACCCAAAUGCUCGCCGCCCUGGUGGCUUCACAAGUUUACUUUCAUCUCGGUGCAUAUAGUGAAUCUGUACACUUUGCCCUCGCAGCGGGAUCCGCAUUCAAUUACACAGAACGUUCCAUCUACACAGAUACCAUUCUCAGUUGCUGCAUUGAUCAGUUUGUGCACUAUCAGGAACAACCAGAGGAAACACGUGGGGAACUUGACCCCCGUUUGGAAGAUCUUUUCACCGCAUUGACAAAUAAAUGGAUAUUGCAAGAAGAUACUCCAGUAAAGGAAUUGGUUGGAUUUACUAUUCGUGCAAGACGAAUUGAUUUCCUUGAAAAAGUAUUACGACAGCAUAUUGCUGCUACCAAGUCUGCUGUUAUUUUAAAUUUUACCUUUGAUGUGGCUAAUGUUUUGCUUCGUGAUAUAGUCUUCAGACGAAAGAUAUUACGUCUAUUGGUAGAUCUUUAUGCUCAGGAAGAUUUAAGUACGAUUGAUUAUUUCUCUCGUGCACAAUGUCUUUUGUUUCUUGGUGAUUCUCAGUCUACGGCAAACUUAAUGAAUAGUCUUAUUUACGCAGGUGAUAAAGCAACAGCUUAUCAACUUGCUUUUGACUUGUAUGAAUAUGGAAAUCAAGAAUUUUUAACUGCAGUUUCUAUGGAAAUCAGUAAUAUGGGAGAAAAGGCAGUAGAAUUACAAUCAACUACUGGAGGAGAUACUACUUCUACAUCACUGGAAAUUAAACAAGAAGAAGUUUCUAAAGUUGAAGUAGGUACAGUAGGUAAAAAAUAUUCUGUUGUACAUAAAAAUAUUCUUCUUAUUCUGGCAGGUGGAACUUCAACGACAUUUUAUUAUAAAUUCUUGUAUACUCAUUGUAAUGCAGAUAUUCAUGUUCUCAAUCGUAUUAAGCAAUCUAUUGACUCCAAAAAGGCUGUGCCACAUAAUGCCACAGUGAUUGCUCAUGCUCUUAUGUAUUGUGGAACUACAAUUGAUGCAUUCCUUCGAGGAAAUAUGGAAUGGUUAGGUAGAGCUAACUAUUGGGCAAAAUUUAUUGUGACUGCUUCUAUUGGUGUUAUUCAUCGUGGUCAUAUCACGGAUUCUCUUGCUCUUGUGGAUCAAUAUUUACCAAAUAAUAAUAUGGGUCCUUUACCUUAUCAAGAAGCUGGAGCAUUAUAUGCUUUGGGUUUAAUUCAUGCUCCUGUUGGAGUGGCAUGUAAUCGUAAAACGAUUGAAUUUUUAAAAGAUACAAUGCGAAAAUACAGUGCAAGUGAACAAAUUAUUCAUGGAGCUUCAUUAGGUAUUGGUCUUGCAGCUAUGGGAUUAAAGGAUGAAUCACUUUAUGAUUCUCUUUUCACUUGUGUAAGUGGUUGUGAUGCUGUUGGAAGUGAAGGUGCAGCUCUUGGUAUUGGCUUGGUUAUGAUGGGUAGUGGUAACCUUCAAGCAAUUCAAGAUAUGAGAGCAUUGGCAUCUGAAGAUAAUCAAAAAGAAAAAACUAUUCGAGGUAUAUCUAUGGCUAUGGCUCUUAUGAUGCUUGGUCGUGAAGAUGAGUGCUGGACCCUAGCCAAUGAACUUCUUGAUAAUUCAGAUCCAUGGGUACGUUUAGGUGGUUGUUUUAUGCUGGGUUUGGGAUAUGCUGGGGCGGAAAACAGUAAAGUAAUUGAACGUUUACUCAGUGUAACCGUAAAAGAUACCUCUGAUGAUGUUCGACGUAAUGCAGCUACUAUGAUUGGAUUUCUUACUAUUAAAGAUCCUGUACUUUGUCUGGAACUUGUUCGAGUUUUGGUGGAUAGUUACAAUCCACAUAUACGUUAUGGUGUUGGAAUGGCAUUAGCAGUAUCAGCUGCAGGUACAGGUAAUGCUGAAGUCAUUGAAGUUUUAUGGGGAUUAACAGAAGAUCUUGUGGAUUUUGUACGUCAAGGAGCUUAUAUCGCUCUUGCUAUUGUUAUGGUACAAGUUACAGAAGCAGAAAAUCCUAAAGUAAAGGAAUUACGUGAUAAUUACUUUAAACGAAUUUCUGGACGUAAAGAAGAUAUGUGUUCUAAAUUUGGAUGUAUUAUUGCCUCUGGUAUUUUAGAUGCGGGAGGACGUAAUUGUACAUUUGCCUUACAUCGUCAACGUCAUCGCUUGGAUAAGGCAGUGGUAGGAAUGUUUGUAUUCCUACAGUAUUGGUAUUGGUUCCCUUAUAUUCUUAUGAUUUCCUUAUCUAUGCAACCAACCUGUUUUAUUGGACUAAAUGAUAAACUGGAGCUCCCUGAGUACAGUUUUAAGUCUAAUGCACCUCCGAGUCGAUUUGCUCUUCCUAAGAGUAUUCUCGCAGAGAAGAAGGAGGCGAAAGCGACAUCCGUCAAGGCGGUUGUUCUCUCUACAACAAAGAAGGAGGAACAAUUUAAUCGACUCAAGCGAAUGAGUACCGCCUGUAAGGCAGGUGAAACAGAAUCCUCAAAUAAAACUCAACCAAAGACAGAGAAAACAGAGAAAGCAGCAUCAGCAGCAGCGGCAGAAACUGCAACAGCGACAACAGCAGCAGCACCAGCAGCAACAGAAACAACAACAACAACAACAACAGUAAAAGAAGAAGGAGGAAAUACAACAGAAGUGGCUCAAAAAGAGACAGAGGUAGAAAAGAAAGAAGAACCAGAACCAAAUAUGGUGAUUCUAACAAAUCCAUCUCGUGUAACAGCCCGACAACUGGCAGUGGUAUCACAUGAUUACGAUAAUCGCUUUGUUCCACUUAAGCCGAAUCCGUAUGGAGUUUGUCUGUUGCGAGAUACCAAGCCGACGGAGGGUUCACAGAGGAUUAUCACUGAUUUGGGAUGGAACUGCGGCGACGAAGCACCACCACCAGAGCCAUUUGCAUGGCCUUAA